UGUAUAGUUAAAAAUUAAACAUAGAUGCCAUUAACCAGUAUAAACCACAGACACAUAUAAUCAAAACGUUGUGUGAGGUACUUAGACAAUGGUGACCCUAUCGACAAUUGCUCACAACCUAGCAGUUACUAAAUGUGUUUGGAUUACAUUAUUGGCACUUAUUUUGCCAUGCAAGCUUUUGUUCGAUUACGAUCCGGAGCUUAAACUUGAAUCAAAAUGUGCUUACGUCAUCAUCGUCAUGGCCAUCCUCUGGCUGACGGAGGCCAUCCCUAUCCCAGUGACGUCACUUUUCCCCGUGUUUCUUUUCCCAAUGGCGGGAGUUAUGCACGCGCGGGAAGCGAGCUCGGCGUAUUUUUCGGACAUCUCAAUGUUGCUGCUGGGAGGUUUGCUGAUCGCCAUGGCACUGGAGGAGACCAACCUCCACAUCCGGAUCUCUCUCUACGUGCUCGUGCUUGUCGGUGCCCAACCAAUAAUGUUGGUGUUGGGUUCUAUGGUAACCACGUGGUUCUUAUCGUUUUGGAUCAACAACACCUCCGCCACCGCCAUGAUGAUGCCCAUAAUCCUCGCGGUCUGCACUUCCGUCAGAGAAGUCAAGGCACAGACGGUCCAUGUUCCGACGGAAGAGUGCCUCAUUCUUCAAGAGGACGUAACGGUGGAGCACAACGUGGAUACUUCGCUGACCGCUGCCCAAAAUGGUGAUACGAUGGCAGAACAAGAACCCAUCGUUUCAUACGUGUUUGAAGACAAACAAGCGGAGGCAGAGUUUUACGCCCUGACGAAUGCCCAAUCUCUCAGCGUUGCGUAUGGCGCACUUUGCGGGGGCCUAGCAACCAUCACGGGAACGCCUUCGAACCUCGUUCUAAAGGAUGUGGUUGACAAGUUUUACCGCGACCAUGGAGUGAACGAAUCUCCCAUCUCCUUCACUUCCUGGAUGGCGUUUGGGCUUCCACUGUCUUUCCUCUCCAUGUUCAUAGGCUGGAUGUGGCUUUCCUUUUGGUUCCUUGGACGCAGCUGUUUCAAGAAAAUGGACCCGUCAACAAAGAAGGCUAUAAACUCGGUUAUAAGAAAAAGGGCCAAGGCACUGGGUGCUGUGACAUUCGCCGAGUGGCAGGUGGUUACUGUUUUCGUAUCCAUGGUGAUCUUCUGGUUGUUCCGCAAUCCCCCAAAUAUUCCGGGAUGGGGCUCACUGUUCAAGGAUAAAGACGUCAAUAACGGGCACAGCCUGGUGUCGGACUCUACGCCAUGUAUACUUCUAAGUGUCAUCCUCUUUAUACUGCCAGAACAGAAACCAAACAUACUGUGGUGGCGGCAAGGUCGCCCAUUUUACACGCCGAUACUCAAGUGGACGACGGUGGCUAAGAGACUGCCGUGGGGAGUGUUGAUUCUCGUGGGUGGAGGAUUCGCCAUGGCAAAAGCCAGUCAGGAAUCAGGUUUGUCGAAGUGGAUAGGCCGAGAGUUGAGGGUGUUCGGGGCCCAGAGCCCGACGGUUAUGUGCUUCGUGGUGGUAACGGUCGUCUCGCUCGUUACCGAGGUGAUGAGUAAUCCGGCAACCGCGCAGCUCUUUGUUCCCAUAGUGAGGGACAUGUCCGUGUCCCUGGGUGUCAAUCCACUAUAUCUGAUGAUAGCUAGCGCCGUUGCAGCCUCGUUCGCGUUUAUGCUGCCUACUGGGGCGCCACCUACGGCCAUCGUCUUCGCUGCAGGGUACAUCUCAAUUCCGAACAUGGCCUUGGCGGGACUUCCUAUGAAAAUCAUCGGCAUUUGUUGUACAGUCCUUGCGGUAAACACCUGGGGAACGUCGCUGUUUGACCUUGAUCACCUACAGGACUUCCUAAAACCCGUCAAUAACAUGACAUCGGUUGCCAUGGCAACUAACUCAUCGUGGAAUUCUACCGAGAAUAACAACAUCACGUGAUUAAGACAACAACAACAAAGGAAUAUCUCAGUGGAUCACGGUGAUGACACUCUUGUGUUAUUUGGGUGUGAAACUGUUGCUAUGGAAACUCGAUCUUACACUUAAAUAACACAUUGUAAAUAAGUCGUUAGCAUGAAUAUGAAAACAAAUUUGUGUCUGUUUUUGGAAACAGCAGACUUAGCACCGUUUUGUUUUAACAGCAGAUUGUGUUGCAAAACACAGAGAAAAAUACAUUCACAAUUUACCAAUGAUGUAUUCUUUAUCAAUGAAUUAUGUAUAUCUGUUUUGUUGUAAUUAAGUGUCCCCUUAAAAAGUAAAUGCCUAAGACUAUUUCUUUCAAAUAGAAAACAUUAAAAGCGUUUAAAUUAUUAUUGCGGUCAACACCAAAACAUAACAGUUGUUUAAUAACGAAAUACAUUUUUAGUGUGCGUUGUUUGCUUGUACAUGUGAAUUCUGCUUUGAUGAUAAAGUAAUUAAGCCACGAAUAAACGAUUAUUGAAAUAAACAAUUGUUUUACACAAACAGUUUUGUCCAUAACAAUAACCUUACACCAUAAUCAUACUUUGAUCGUCGCGAAUAAACUUAUGAAUUUCCUA